AGAAGAGGAAAGGGAGGAGGGCGAGGCUCGAGGUCACGUGCCGCCGGCCCCUGCCGAGGCGCUCCGCGGCUGCAGGGUCACGUGAUUCGCGGCCUCCCUGCACUCGGCUCGGCCCGGCGCAGAGGGCGGACGCCGAAGCUGGACUGGGCCUCGCACCGGGUUCUGGUAGUUGCAGGCGGAGCUGAGCGAACAAGGGGUGGCCGAGGCUUCCUCAAGCGCCUACUGCCGCGGAUUCAUGGAUCGAAAACUACAGACACAAGAAGAGCAAACACACAUCUUUGGCGUUUGUAUAUAACUCCAUGGUACUGAGACUCUUGAACAGUUUUCAAGGUUGCAUAGAGGACUGGUUUUGUGCUGCAAAAACAAGGCAUCUAACGUGCUGGCCCAGGAGGACACAUGCCGGGAACUGUAGUCUUCUGUUUGGCCCCUCUUCCUCGACCCACGGCCAGGGUCCACUCAGCUUGCACAGCACCGGCCUAGGACCUUUCAAAGGGAAGCCUUGGGGGGAAGCAGCAAGUGAGUGAGUUUGCUUCCUCCUUGUCCUCCAAGAAUGCCGGCACCUGUGCUAUGUUCGAGCUGUGGGGUUCAGCGUGCUGCCCUUCGCCGGCCCAAGACGGGCCAAGCGCUGUGCCGGGAGUGCUUUGUAGCAGCCUUUGAGGCUGAGGUGCACAACACCAUUGUGGCAGCGCGGCUCUUCCAACCAGGCGAGACAGUGGCCAUUGGGGCCUCGGGUGGCAAGGACUCCACAGUGCUGGCUCAUGUACUGCGGCUGCUGAACGAGCGCCACGACUAUGGUUUGCACCUCCUGCUGCUCUCUGUGGAUGAGGGCAUUGCCGGUUACCGGGAUGACUCGCUGGCAGCUGUCCGCCGCAACCGGGGCCGGCUGGACCUCCUGCUCCACAUAGUCACUUAUCAGGAGCUGUAUGGGUGGAGCAUGGACCGCAUUGCUCACCAUAUUGGACCCAAGAACAACUGUACUUUUUGUGGUGUCUUCCGACGACAGGCACUCGACAGAGGUGCUGCUUUACUUGGAGCAGAUAAGAUCGCCACAGGUCAUAAUGCAGAUGAUGUCGCUGAAACAGUGCUGAUGAAUUUCCUGCGGGGGGAUGUAGGGCGGCUUCGACGCUGUGCAGAGAUCCUGACAGGUAGCGAAGGGGCAUUGCCACGCUGUAAGCCACUCAAGCAUGCCUACGAAAAAGAGAUUGUGCUGUAUGCGUACUUCCAAGGCUUAGACUACUUCAGCACUGAGUGUGUCUAUGCCCCUAAUGCCUACCGGGGCCAUGCCCGCACCUUGCUGAAAGACCUUGAAGCCACACGAUCAAGCGCAGUGGCCGACCUGGUACACUCUGGUGAGCGGCUGGCAGUGCGUGGGGAUAUCCGUAUGCCCACACAGGGCACUUGCCAGCGUUGCAGCUAUCUCUCCAGCCAGCCUCUCUGUAAAGCAUGUGUGCUGCUUGAAGGGCUUAAUCGUGGUCUCCCAAGGUUGGCCAUUGGCAAGCCCAGCCGCCUGCAGAAGGCUUUGCUGAAUGGGGAAAAACCACAAGACAACCUGCAAGGAGAGGAAGAUUCUCGGCAGUCAAGCCGGCACCUCAGAACUAUAGACUUUUGAUUCUGGCCAUUUCCCUGGCUCAUUUUUCUGCUAAGAUAUGCUUAUGUUGUCUUAGAUCGUUCCAGAAGUCACCAGUUUUAUGCUUUAGUAAUGAUCUGUGUGGAUCAGUGUGGAGAGUGCUAGGCCUUCCAGAUAAAGCUGGACUCUCCCAACUCCCAUCAGGGCUGGCUAAGAUUGCCAGCAGUGUGAAAUUGUGGGAGUUACAGUCCAGUAGUAGUAUGAGAAGAGGUAAGCAAAGUGUGACUGCAUUUAGCUCCAAAGAUCCCAGGGCCAGCCCCCAAGUCUCCGCAGAGCACUUCAAACCCCCAAAUAUUCAAUUUACGCCCCCUUCCCACAAAUUGCUCCCUGAAAAGCCUCUGGGGCCACCAUCUUCCCUCUCAAACUAUUCUCACCCUCAGACUGUUAGUUUUAAAGACUUAAAAAAAAUAAAAAAGGGGGUAUAAUGUUUGGGAGUGUUGGAGGGUGUGUGUGGCUGUCCAAAGCCAGGGUAGGGCAAAUAUGGCCCUACAGAUUCAGGGAAACUGCUCACCUGGAUAUAGAGGGAUACAGGUUUUCUAUUCCUCAUGUAGAAACUGGUCUUUUAAAUUAAGAGGCAAGUACAUUUGUGUCAAGAAUGGGGAAUAGGUUGCUGCCCAGAAGCUGGACUGUGAGCCAUAUGAUUCCUCACUUUUGGCUGUACUAACUCAGGAUUAUGGGAGUUAUGAUCCAACAACAAUUGGAAAAUCAAUGUUCCCAGUCCCUAAUUUAUUCUCCUUUAGCCAUUGGCAGGUAUGGAUACAAAUACAACAGGCUGGAAUAUUUAUGUUGUUGAAAAGGCUGUUCUCCAUUGGACAAGGAGUGAUUGAAAUUGCUUCUAACAUAAUCAGUUUAAAUGAUAUUAAACUUGACUUUUGAACCCCA